GGGGCAUGCGAGCAGAUUAUUAAGUUUUCCAUCCACAUAAUAAGGUUAAUGAGGUGUAUAUAUAUUAAGGAUGGGAGUAUCAUAAUCUAUUAGCACUAAACAUGAUUAGUGAUAGUUCUAGGCCUCUUCCAUCUCAAUGGAAGAACGGAGAUGAUAGAUCCAAGAUGACAGGGAAGAAGCUCAAGUUGUUCGGGGUCGAGCUCGACUACUACUACACGUCGGGAGGAGUCGAGAUAAUUCGUCACGAAGAUCAUCAUGAUAGUAGUGUGAAUAAUUCAUCAUCAUCUUCUACAAUAUCAUUUGAUAGGAAAGUAACUAUGGUUAAAGCAUCCUUAGAAAACAAGAAAUUUGAAUGCCAAUAUUGUUGUAAAGAGUUUGGAAAUUCCCAAGCUUUGGGAGGACAUCAAAAUGCCCACAAGAAGGAGAGGAUGAAAAAGAAGAGGCUCAAAUACUUCCUCCCACAAUCACAAUAUUGCAACAUCGGUCCCUAUGGUUAUGAUAUCAUCAACUAUGACCCCCAAACAUCUUCACCUUCAUGUGUUCUUGGUCCUAGCUCCCAAAUUAGGUAUUUGGAACCGUUUCUUCAGGAUUCAUCCGAGUUCACACUUACCAGUAAAGACAUGCCUUGUAGAAGAAGGUUGAAGAUUCAAUCAGCAAAAUCUAGAGAUAAUGGCCAUGUGAAUUCGAACAAGCCAUAUAAUAUGAAUCCAAGUUUAAACAAUCCUUGUAAUAACUCUUUAGAUCUUCAUCUUGGAUUGAGCUUGCUGGAUUCACCACACUAGCUUGCUAGCAUCUUAUGGUUCUUCAUUUUUUUAAUGUUAUUCCAUCUAUAUAUAUUAUAUAUAUACAACACUCCUAAUUAAGAAUA